CAUAACCGACCAUGUUUUGUAAUAUCUUAAAACGCUCGUUUCAAGCGAAUAUCAGGAAUGUGAAUAACUUGAAUGUGCUGCGCUUGAGCAGCUCCAAUAAUCCUCAAGGCGACAUCCAGGAUGCACUGGACAUCGAGGCCAAUCUCUUCGGGAAUUCGAGUUUGAAGCACGAGCCGGUAAACACGCGGGAAGCUUUACGCAAGAACCGCACCAAAUCGUUUGUGGCUAGGAAGCCCAAGGAAACCAGUGCUCCACCUGCUCCUCGAAAGUUUACGGCUCCCCCUGCGCCACGUGUAGCCCCCAUUCCGGCUCCAGUGAUCAAGGACAGUGAACUGAAUCUGGAGUUUGUGCGUCUCACCCUGCAGGAUCCCCUGACCAGCACUCUUCUGACCACAGUGCGUUCCCGCAAGCGGCGGGACAAGAACCGCCAGAUCAUCGUCGAGGGCAGACGCCUCAUCCAGGAGGCUCUGCAAUGUGGCCUCAAAAUGGAGGCCCUCCUGUUCAGCCAGAAGGAUCAGUUGGCUCUGGUCAAAGAGGAAGUGGGCAGGGCGCAGCUGGAGACUCGCACCAAGAUCUACAAAGUGCCGCAGCAUGACCUGAAGACCUGGUCUUCGCUGGUUACCCCGCCCGGUCUGAUGGCCAUCUUCGACAGGCCCUCGGACAAGGGUCUGGAGAAGAACCUGGCGGAGCAACUGCGUCUGGGCAGUCAGCCCUUGCCCAUUACAGUCGUGUGCGACAAUAUCCGGGAGCCCAAUAACCUGGGCAGCAUCAUCAGGACCUGCGCCGCUCUGCCCUGCAGCCAGGUGGUGGUCACCCACGGCUGCUGCGAUCCCUGGGAAUCGAAGGCUUUGCGAGGAGGCUGUGGCGGUCAGUUCCGAGUGCCCAUCCGGGAUGAUGUCCCCUGGGAGGAGCUCCCUUUGGCCAUUCCUCCAGAGGCUGCCGACGACUGUAAUGUUUUCAUUGCCGAGAACAACCAAGAGAAGCGGGAGAGCAAUCAGGCCAUUGAUUAUGCAGAGAUCAAGGGCAUCGGAGCCCACAAUCUGCUUAUUAUUGGCGGUGAAAGCCAUGGAGUCAGUGAAGAAGCUUACCGUUUCUUGAACUUGGUUGGACACAAAGGAAAGUGCGUCUAUAUACCCCUGGCAGCUGGAAUCGAUAGCUUAAAUGUGGCAUCCGCUUUGACGUUAUUGCUGUUCGAGCUGCGAAGAAAACUUAAUGAGCAGGCGACAGCUAAGGAUUAGGUUUAACUACCAAAGCCAUCAUAAAAGUAUUUUGUUGGUUAACAAAUUGGAAUAAAUAAAAACAACUAACUUUGCUAUUACAAAA